AUGGAUGAUAAUAAUGAUGAUGAAAAGCAUGUCGUUGUGAACGAAAGCUCCCAGGCUAGCGAAACCGUUCUGCGGAGACGACUUCUUAGAAAAACUGAUCUUUUAGUGCUUCCAGGAUUAUGUAUCGCCUACUUCACGAAUACACUCGAUCGCGCGAAUCUAGGAAAUGCAAAGACGGACGGUUUGGAGAAAGACUUAGGACUAGUCGGCAAUCAGUACUCGCUUUUACUUGUUCUUUUCUAUAUCCCUUACGCUCUCUUCAAUGUUCCAUGGACUCUUGCUGCCAAACGCCUCAAUCCGAGCGUGAUAAUUCCGCUUGCCAUUUGUGUUUGGGGAGUCUGUACGAUGGCAUCAACAGCAGCCACAAACUUCGGCGGUAUCAUGGCGACUCGCAUUGUCAUGGGCGCGGCGGAGGCUGCAUAUAAACCCUGCGAGGUCUACUAUCUUACACUUUUCUACACGCGUAACGAAAUUGGAGUUCGAGUGUCAAUUAUCGGGCAGAUGGGUUUCAUUGCUGGCGCAGUCAGCGGUCUUAUCUCCUGGAGCGUAUUUCGUUGGAAUGGUGGUUUAUAUGGCUGGCAGUACCUAUUUCUGAUCGAAGGUUCGAUAACCAUUGCAGGCGCCAUCUUCCUCUUCCUUUUUGCUCCCCGGAGUGUACAGAAAAGCAAAUGGUACUCCCAAGGAGAGAAAGAGUUAGCCGAGCGGCGCCUUGCCGAGGACACAGAAGAGCGCGAUGAUCGCUUCCGAUGGAAUGAUGCCAAAGCCCAGCUUCUACAUUGGCCCACUUGGGCAUUUGCCUUUCUCGCCUUGAUGUAUGGUGUUGGGGUGGCGAGCAGUUCCAACUUUUUGCCAACCCUCAUUAAACGUCUCACCAAUAAUACUGUCAAGGCUAACCUCUACACCAUCGGGCCAAAUCUCGUAGCCUCCGUUAUCCAGAUUUCAGCAACCUGGGCAUCUGACCGACUACAACAACGGUCCAUCAUUGCUUCCUGCACAAUUGUCAUCUCAUUACUGGGGUGGAUCCUUCUCGGGACUCUCGACUUAGACUCCAGACCCGGCGUCGGCUACUUCUUGACUUUCCUUACCACCGGCUUCACUUUUAUCCCUAGCAACAUCAUUCCUGUGUGGUUAGCUUCAAAUGUACCAACAACAACUGGCCGAGCUGUUGCAUUGGGACUGAACUACAUGGCUAUGAAUAUCGCUGGUAUUGUCUCGUCGGUAUCAUUCCGUACACAAGACGCACCAGUAUAUGUGCCAGCGUUAAUCACCUGUGGCGUGACUCAAGGUGUAUUCAUGCUAGCUUCAUUGGGUCUAAGACAGUAUUAUGUUCAUUUAAAUGGCAAGCUAGACCGUGGAGAUAUACCUCAUGCCCCUGGUAUGGAGAGACGACCGGAUUACCGCUAUGCUAUAUGA